UACAUAUAAACAAUACUGCCUCAUUAACUGACCAGAAACUAUACCUUACUAUUGACCUUAAUAUUUGAUCAUUGUUAUCCUCAUCAUCUUUGAAGUAUUUUCAUGAAGUACAAAUGCAACUUUAUUUAUGUUUGAUAUACACUACUACUAUAUUUUCCGAUUCAUUUUACUCGAGCCUUUCUACGGAUUCUGUUAACUGGGAUAAUUUGGAUCAGCGGUCAAUUUGCAAGGCAAUAUUAUAUAUAUAUAUACUUUUUACCUAAAAAUGUUUUAUGACGUUUGACAUAAAAUAAAUUUUUUUAAUUUUAUUAAAUCUCCAAUAAAUUUCUAUUUUCAACAAUGCCAUCAAGUUUCACACACUAUCGUGUAUCACUUGCACUUGUGACUUACUGUUUGAUUGAAAAAAAGAAAUAAGAUGUGAAAUGUAUUAAAUUAUAUUUAUAUAUCAAUUAAAAUAGAUAUAAACGUAUUUCGUUACAGACAAUUAGUAAAGUAAAAGUAAUAUUUAAUAGAAAUUUUGUGAAAACAAUAAAACAACGAAUGUUUGAAUACAAAAAUAAAGUUUAUACAAAGGUUAUAUCAACAUAAAAAUGUUAUAAACAAUGAAUAAAGCAAGAAUUACAAUUAGGAAUUUUUAAUAUGUUUUUGAAUGUGGAGUAUUUUACUGGAGAUAUUUGAUAAUAAUUAAAUAUGGAACUUCAGAGUAAUAAACAUCUACGUACAAAACAAGUUAUUGGCAUUUUUCCUGUGUUGGAUUUAAAUGUCGAUGAUGUAGAUGUUCCUUUGAAAAAUCCAACUAUAACAUACCUGGAUAUUUUUUUCCUGGUAUCUUCAAUCCUUACACAUAUUGUAGACAUGGCAAUUGAUAUUAAUCUUGCUAUAAGAUAUUUAUUACAUAAUAGAAUAAUAUACUUUACAUGGACAACAGUUUUUAUUUUUUUACCUUCAUUUAUAAAUUGUAUAAUCAGCAGAAGAAUGCAACAACAAGAUGACAAGAAAAAUGAAACAACAAAUCCUUCCAAAUUUAAUUGUGUACAUGCAAUGUUAACAAAAAAAUUAUGUUGCAUUGUAGUUGUAAUAUUUCAAUUAGCACCAGUAUUACGUUAUUACAGAACAUUAAAAUAUGCUCUUAAUGCUUAUAAAUAUGAAAAACAAGGUGACCGUACUGUUCAAAAGCGAUAUUACCUUAAAAUGCUAAAGGAAGAUCAGGAUGUCGCAUUAUUAAGAGUAUCUGAAUGUUUUCUUGAAGCAGCCCCUCAACAAAUUUUACAAUUAACUAUAUUGCUAAAACAUUACCACAAUGAUAUUAACUUUGAAUUUAUUCAUCAGGUAGCUAGUAUUGUUAGCUCACUUGGAAGUAUGGGAUGGGCAAUGGCUAGUUAUCAUCGUAGCAUUAGAUUGGUUCAACAAGAUAAAUUAAAUAUUGGCAACACAGGAACAGUUCUUCAAUUUUUAUGGCAUUUUUGUACUACGGUUUCAAGGAUAUUAUCUCUAAGUGUUUUGGCAAGUUUGUGGCCAUUAUAUACUGCUAUUGGUUGUAUUUUUCAUUGGAUAUGUAUGACUAUUUGGAUCAUUAUUGAUUCCCGUGGUAUAUUGGAAUUUUGUAAGGAUUCUAAUCAGGCUCCACAUUGUUCCCCAAAAAUUAAAGAACGCGUUUAUUCUAUAUUAUUUUCCAUGGUAAUUGGUGUGAUACAUGUGUUUAUAUAUCUGAAAACAGUAGAUGGUAAUACGUUCCUUAAACAUGUACUUUUCUAUGUAAUAUGCUUUAUUGAAAAUUUAAUAGCAAUUGCAAUUUGGCUAUAUACUUCAUCAGAUGAAGUUAAAAAUGCUUGGUACUUCAAUGUACUCAUUGUUUUUUGUAUUGUACCAUUUUUAUUAGGUGUAACAGCUAUGAUUGUUUAUUAUGGCAUUUUCCAUCCUUCUUUAAAACAUCAAAACUGUGUAAAUAUAUAAUUUUAGGUCAUUUUAUUCGUAAAAUGUUGUAAAUAUGUAAUUUUUAUUAGUAAUCAUCCAU